AUGGUGCAUGGCCCCACUUCCUUUGAAAGCCUCCGUACCUUUGAAGGCCAAGUCUUUCCCACUUUCAAAGAGGCUUGCAUUGCACAAGGACUACUGGAGAGUGAUGAGGAGUGGGCCAGAUGUCUUGCAGAAGCUGCCCAGUAUAAAACUGGGAGGCAGCUGCACUGCCUCUUUGUGGUCAUCUUAACUGCUUGCCAUCCUAUGGACCCAGGACAGCUAUGGAUUCAGUUCUGUGCUCAAACCUGUGAUGAUCUUAGAUACAAACUAAGUCAAGAGCCCUGGAACUGUCCACAUGCCUUGGAUGAAUAUGUUUAUGAUUUUGGUCUUUACCUGGUUGAAGUUUUAGUCCUUGAGACUGGAUCAAAUAUGCAGGAUGUCAAUAUGCCAACUUGCCAACAGAAUUGGGAUCAAAUCAACCAAGAACAAAACUGUCUCAUCCAGGAGCAGUAUGCAUUACAGGAUGCACAGCCUGAGGGGUUGGAGGAUCAGCUUCAACAACAGCUUAACAAUGAACAGCUUGCUGCCUUCAACCAAGUACUUGCCUCAGUUCAAAAUGAUCUUGCGGUCACAUUCCUCCUUGAUGGACCUGCAGGGACUGGCAAAACAUUACUGUACUGGACCUUAUGCACUACUCUCCAUGCUCAAGGGAAAAUUGUGAUAUGUGUUGCAUCCUCUGGACUAGCUGCUCUGCUGCUUCCAGGAGGGAAGACAUCACAUUCUGUUUUCAAAAUCCCAAUUGAGAUCAAGGAGGAAAGUACUUGCAAUAUCUCAAAGCACUCAGAACUUGCUGCCCUUAUUGCACAUACAGAUUUAAUCAUCUGGGAUGAAGUACCUAUGCAGCAUAGAUUCUGUGCUGAGGCAUUUACUGCACCUGCAAAGACAUUGCAAAUCAGCCAGACAAGCCAUUUGGAGGGAACACCAGAGCAGAUUGUUGCAGCAUGCCUCAAAGAGUCACCACUUUGGGCUGGCAUAGAGAAGAUGAGGCUCACCUGUAAUAUGUGCCUACAGCAUGGGGAUGCAGAGAUGGCUGAGUUUGCCACUUGGCUUUUAGGAAUUGGUGAAGGCCUUCAACUUCCCCAGGGGACCACCUCAUCUGAAACUGCAUUCAAGCAGUCCAUGUUAGUGGAAAGCAGAGACAGCUUAAUUAACAAGAUCUAUGGGAACCUUGAUCAACUCCCUCAGCUAAAUGAUGAAUACUUCUGUAGUUGCACUAUCCUUACACCUUGGAAUGAUGAUGUUUUGAUCCUGAACAAGAUAAUUCUCAGAAAAUUUCCAGGGGAAAUGCAGAUCUUCCACAGUGCUGACAAGGUCAUUUAUGAGGCUGGAGUGGAUGAUGAGAGGCUUGGGACAUUGUCAACAGAGUACCUCAACUCCUUGAACUCUGGAAGUAUUCCACUCUCAGAUCUGGAACUCAAAGAAGGCUGUCCUGUUAUGAUACUGUGCAACUUAGCCCAUUCACAAGGUGUCUGCAAUGGAACCUGUGGCAUUGUAACCUGCAUAGGAUCACAUGUUUUGGAGCUCUGGUUACUCACAGGCUCUGAAGCAGGGAACACUGUAUUCAUUCCAAGGAUCUCUCUAACUCCCCCAGAGACUGAGUUUGGCUUCCAACUUUCCAGGCGCCAAUUUCCAGUUCAAGUUGCAUUUGCUAUGACAGUCAACAAGUCUCAGGGGCAGUCAGUUGACCAUGUUGGUUUGGACCUUGAACGUGAAGCUUUCUCCCAUGGACAACUAUAUGUUGCAUUUUCUAGAUGUACUUCUGCUUCCCAUGUUUUUGUCUAUAACUGUAAACAUGCACCUACUACCAGGAAUGUUGUGUAUAAGACUGCUUUAAGGAAUUGA